UUGAAAGACGGACCAAUUCAUGUUUGCUUAUUUACGGUACACAGUUAAUGGUUUGGAGUGGAGUUCAAAGCAGGUCCUUCCUUGGUGACGCAUUUAAUUGAUUUUAAAAUGAAAAAGUAAUGCAUGCGGGUUAAAAAUAAUACCUGCGUUGAAUUAAUACACUAUUUAUAAGAUGUGUUCAAGAAGUGUGAAAAUUAGCAAGAAGGUUUUCCUAAAUUAGUUUUGAUGUGAACUGACGAUGCCAAUUUCUUUUUCUUCAAUCAAUAAAGUUAUUUCGCUUCGUCGGUUCAUAUCUGCAAACAUCGCGUAAUUAAAAUUCGGUAUUUUUAAUUAUUUCGUUCAAAUCAAUUGACUGUAUUCAACUUAUUCAACACUCGAACAGAGCAGUUGGUUAUUAUGGAUUGUCUCAACUCAAUCCAUUUCUCUUGCGCGACCGUCAAACAAUGCAGACGGUUAUAAGAUCGUAAAACUCGUCUGGUUCUGUGAAGAAAUAAUGAUAUUGAUUGUUUAUGAAUAGACCGCUGUUCUUAGACUUGGGUUGUAGAGCAAAAUUUUUUUGCCGGCUUAAGAUCAUGCUAACUCUACAAGUCACCAAACUGUGCUCAUGUCACGAGCACAGCUCAACACCUCCGUUCGGAAAAUAAUCUCACAUUUGCAGAAGCUGUCUGGUGGUGUGAGCGCUAAGAAGACGUAACACUAUUGAAUGCGUUGGGGAGGACUAAUUCCAGAGGAGUUGCAGUUCUAAAAUGUACGCCCAAAUAGUCUUUGUUUUCACGGUGUGCCUUGGGUUGUUUGCACCGACUUCAUGUCAGCUGUCCGAAUGGGGCUAUAGGGGGCAAUCGGUGAACUGCGUUAAAAAUCAUUUCCUCACAAACCAUGUAGUGCAAGUGGCUUACGGGAUAUCCCGUUUGAAAUGCGUAGCGAGAUGCUUUACUGUUCCGAGUUGCCAGUCGGUCAACUACGCAACUGGACUAAAGGAAUGUCAUCUGAAUGCUGUGCAGAGAGCAAAAGCUACAGCAGGGGAGUACCGGGGUAAUGCGGAGUUUGAGUAUUGUGGACCAGACACAAACGAUGAAUGGCAGAAAACCACCAAACAUCUUGUCUCAUCACCGGACCCAAAGGCAACCUCGCUCCCAACAACGACAGAGGUAUCACCAACAACAGUACCACCAGAGACGAGAACCUCGCCGAUGCCAUCCACGCAAGACACCACCGUCAUCACGACGAGUAAAACAACAACUGAAGCUCCAACCACGACAGAAUUAAUUGCUUCUGAUUGUGAUGCACUGGCUAAACAUGGACGGCAGAGCGGUGCUCAUGUGAUAUACACAACCGGAGAUGUUGCUAUGAAAGUCUAUUGUGAUAUCGAUGAAGACGGGGGAUGGAUCGUAAUUCAACGUCGUGAGGACGGCUCCGUUGACUUUAAUCAGGACUGGAACAGUUACAAAAACGGCUUCGGUGACUUCGAAUCUGAAUUUUGGUUGGGGAAUGCAAAUAUCAAGACACUGACGUCAUCAGGCACCUGGCGCCUGCGCAUUGAUCUCUUAGAUUGGGAGGGUGAGAGUGCAUGGGCCGAGUACGACUCGUUUUAUCUCUCAGGGAGAAGUUACACAUUGACUGUAGGCAGCUACAGUGGAAAUGCAAGCGAUUCCCUUUCUUACCACUCUGGAAGUGACUUUUCAACAGUCGACCGGGACAACGAUGGUGGCGCCAGACUAUCUUGUGCAUCGUCUUAUAUGUCGGGCUGGUGGUUCAACUACUGUCUCAAGUCGAACCUGAAUGGGGUGUACUACCAGACUAAUCCGGUGGAAUUUAAUCUGGGGUUACAAUGGGACGGCUGGAAAGACGACUACUACUCCAUCAAAUCAUCUGUCAUGAAGAUUCGCAAAGUUUAAAAUAAUACCAUUGACAUUGUGCGCAAAAAUCAAUUAUUAAUAUUUAGAGAGUGAAAGGGAUACCGCAAACUAUAUUUUCUGUAGUUUUGUAGCCAAGCGAUAUUUACUCUUGAUUCACGACGUCAGAUGGUUUAUUUGAACCCAUUCUUUUGAACGCGUUGCUUUCAAGAUAUAAGCUGGUAGUGUCGGUAGUUUUCACCUUGCCGUUUUGUAAUUGCGCCCUCUAUAGGCUGUGUAACGAAGAACCCAGUGCACUUAUCAAACAGACAGAAUGGAAGGGAUUCACGAGAGCAAAAAGUUAGACAUGUAAACUUACUAUUAUAAAAGUAUAAGUUUGGAAAGGUUUUGUUUCUAACCGAAUGUUGAAUUGCGCACGAUAGGAACGUGCCAAAUCUUGAGAACGAUCGCCUUCUUCAAGAGUGUAGCGAACAAUGUGCUAGCCGAGUUUGAAUCAGAGUGGUUGUUGCAAGGUGGUUUGUUUAUACACCUUCAAAUGUGUGUAUCCCCUUGUGGGAGUUUGCCGAGUUCCCUUGAUGGGAAAUCAUCUAAACAAACAAACAAACAAACUUGGUACCUGUAACAAAAGAUAACCGACUAGGGUCCACGGUUCGGGGAAGGUCCACAGUUGAAAGUUAGUGUAUAAGUUUGGUAAUUGUCAAAGACCAGUCUUCUCACUUGGUGUA